CGUGUCUGCUGUUUAUGCUCGUUCAUAUAUUAUGCUCAUUUUUAUAUUGUGACUUGUUUUUAGUUUCUAGGCAACCUUCAAAUUUUCUGUAAUCGUUCGCUCUGCUAACUUAGUCAUCUCCUUAUCAAUGUACCAAUAUUAAAUGUACUAAGUUAUCAUACCUAUUACUCUACUACUAAUUUAUCAUACCUAUUACUGUACUACGCUACCACUCUAACUUAAAUACUUUAUUACAUUAUCACUGUAUUGAUUUAACACAGGUGAGAGAAUCAGAGCGUUAUCAAAAUGACAAUACCGGUUCAACAUAUUGAUGAAGAUAAACUGUACACAGACCUUGGAUAUCGCUACCAAUAUCUUUGUGACUUUAUUGGAAUAACUGAAGAGGAUAUCACACUCAUACAUGGCUCAGCAGCUGUGCUAGGUCCUAAGGUGGAAGGAUUGGUGGAUGCUGUUUACGACAAACUAUUCGCUUUUAGCUCUACAAAGAAGAUUUUCUUUAAAGAGAGAUCAAAGUACGAUGCACCGUCCACAGAAGAAUCGUUGGAUAACUACGAUUUGAACAAGCCUCAGAUAGGAAUGAGGAAAUCAUCCCUUAAAAGAUUCAUUGUAAGGUUGGUUACGAAGCCUUAUGAUGGAGACAUGCUAGCUGAGCUGGACCGUAUGGGUAGGAUACACACCCCCAAGGGAGGGAGUACCUCCAUUAACGUGGAGCUUAUUCACAUGCAGGCUCUACUAGCUUAUCUACAGGACGCACUCAUUUCCACACUCUUCACCUACAAGAACUCUUGUGAAGAAGGUUCUGAAGAGUUUGAUGCGGAGGGGACAGUGCGCGCGUUCUGUAAGGUGCUAGCUGUUCAGAACCAGUUCAUCUGCCGCUGGUACGAGGACCCUGCCAGUAGAGUUAACAGUCCUACUAGGUCUACCUUUAUACCACUGCUAGCUAUUACUGGUGCUCUGACUGCUGCUAUUACUUACCUUGCUGUAUCCAAAUAGAUGUCACAUUAUCAC